AGUUUUAUAGAAAGCAAUGGUCGCAGGCGGAUGACGUAAGCGGCGCGCGUCUGUUUUGAGCUGUGGGAAGUAACAUGGCUCUUUUCCCGUCCUGCGCUGAACUGUCAAGCAAUAACAGCUCUACUGGGGAUAGAGCUCCAGCAGAUUUGGAAUGGCUGAGUAAUCAGAGCUUCAACAAAGAAGAUGCUUUGAAGACUCACCAGCGGGCCACAGAGAGAGCGCAAGCAGAGGCAGAAGAACCAGCAGGCAUAAGAGAGCAGAAGCAUAAAGAGAGAGAAGAUAGCCAUGGCAGAUCGAAGAAGAGAAAGAAAGAAAAGAAGAAAAAGCAGAAGAAGAAGAAGAGCAGAGAUAACUCGGAGAGCAGUGGAUCUGAAUCAGACACAGUUUACCCCAGCGACCUGCUGAAAAAGGAUGCUGACAGAGAGGAAGCUCAAGUUCGGGUGAGCGAGACCUUUAUGUGGCUGGAUGACCUCCAGACCCCCUCUGACUCCCCCUUCUGUAUUGACAGAAGAGCUGACCGUGCCAACUGGGAAUAUAAAUCCCUUUAUCGGGGAGACAUAGCAAGGUAUAAGAGGAAGGGAUGCUCAUGCCUGGGGCUUGACUUCAGGAUGCAAGCUGUGAACUGGAACGAUGGAGGCCCAGAGAAGAAGCGAGUGGACAAGAAACCCGAGCGCUAUUUCUGUCUUUCCACCCGUCAGCUGCUCCGUUCAGAUCCGUUGAGUCUGCCUGCUUUGCCUGUACUCUCUGAGGGCAGUGCUGUCAGCACUGAAUCCUACAUUAAGCUCUCAGCCUGCAGUGUAGAGCAGGGCUCUUCCACUCAGGCACCCGUAUCAUGGGUAAAUCCACUGGGCAUCUAUGACCGUGGAACCUCUCUAUGGCUGGAGGGCAAGGGUCAACCAGAGGUCAAGGGAGAUCAGCCGGAUGUUGAGGCUCAAGGGAGCAGCAGCAGCUCCCUUCUGAGUGCACGGGUGGAAGAGUUUAACAGGAAGCUACGGGAGAAUCCCACAGACACCCAGCUGUGGCUGGACUUUAUACACUUCCAGGAUGAACUGGCCUUUGGUUCGGGGUCAUUCUCUGCUGCCGGUGACACUGACAAUGAGGGUGACAUGAAGAAGAUGUCUCUUCGUGCCGUGCUGGAGAAGAAGCUGUCCAUUGUGGACAAGGCAGUGGAAAGUAACCCUGCCAGCGUGGAGCUGAAACUAAAGAAACUCCACCUUUGCAAGGAACUAUGGGAGCCUGCCACCCUGCAGAAAGAGUGGAAGAAACUAGUGUUCAUCCAUCCAAACAGCGCACCUUUAUGGAAGAAGUAUCUUCUCUUCACACAGAGUCUUUUCAGCACUUUCUCAGUGUCAAAGGUCAACAGCGUGUUCGGAAAGUGUUUAAGCACGCUCAGUCCAGUCCAAGAUGGCAGCAUGGUAUCUCACCCUCCACUUCCAGGCACCCAGGAAGACCUCUUAGAUAUCUUUCUACAACAGUGCCAUUUCCUGCGGCAGGCAGGUCAUACAGAGAAAGCUGUGUGUCUCUUCCAAGCCCUUCUGGACUUCACUUUCUUCAAGCCAGACAGUGUGAAGGACCUGCCCACUAGACAACAGGUGGAUUUUUUUGAGCCUUUUUGGGACAGUGGAGAGCCCAGGGUCGGGGAACGGGGGGCUCGGGGAUGGAAGGCUUGGAUGCUUCAGCAGGAGAGAGGAGGAUGGGUGAUUCCAUCUGAGCCAGAUGAUGAUGAUGAAGAAGAGCAGGACGACUCCGAGAUCAAAGACAAGACCUGGCCUAAGUGGAAGAUCUGGUUGGAUGUGGAGGCGUCCCGAGAGGCAAACCACUGGUUGCCAUGGAGACCAGAUAAAACCAAGGGCCAAUCAGAGGAGGACUGUGAGGACCCCGAUAGGCAGGUCUUGUUUGAUGAUAUUGGCCCAUCUCUGAUUCGUGUGGACAGACCAGAUCUUCAGCUACAGUUGAUCCUGUCAUUCCUGCAGUUCCUAGGUCUGCCUGGACCUUCAGGGAAGUUCUCUACAACAUCUUCCUCAAACAUUCUACUGGACGAUCUAACCUUCCUUGAGGAGGGCCCAGACCCGGAGCGACCGCUGACCUCUUAUGACCUCUCAAUGGCUGGGAUCUGUGCAGUGGGUCACAUGACAUUUCUGAGGGACUGCAGGAGGCAGGCAGGGCUGUGUAAGGCAGGGGAGGAGUUUCUCCAGAACGUUCUACAGCAAACUCUCCAACUCAUCUCCGCACAGGAUCAAGCUGCUGUUACGCUCUGCUGGCUGCAGUAUGAGAAACUAAAGGUGCUGAGAUGUUUACGAAGUGGAAAUAAAAGGCGACUGAAGUCUCAGGGGAAGCGUAGUAAACGGCUAGCGAAGCGACUGCUAAAAGAGCCAGAUAACAGAGGCAGUCUGGCACUUUGGAGAGAGUAUGCACAUCUGGAGUGGCUUCUGGGUAAUCUGGAAGAGGCACGCAAAGUAUUUGACACUGCCUUGGCCAUGGGCGUGACUAGAGGUCUUAAUGAUCCUGUUCUCUGUAAUCUCUGUUUUCUCUAUGCCCAGUUAGAGGUAGAGCAGGCCUUAAACAGUGGGACAGUCCCCACGUCCAAAGCUGUCUACAUUCUCACUAAAUUAGCUGAGGGUGCUGCCUAUACACCUUUCUCUGGCCAAAUCAACCCAGUGACUAUCCUGAAGGCCAGAAAGGCCUAUGAGCAGGCCCUAUUGAGCUUUUCACCUGAGCAGAGCACAGGCACCAAUGCUAGAGCUCCAAAGAAACUCCACAGAAUGUCCAGCCUAGUUGGAUGUUUUGGGCUUUUUCAGUACCUCACUGUUGGGAUAGAUGCAGCUGAUGCUGUGUACAAUCAGGCCACCCAAAACCUGAUUUCCUGGAACCUGAAUUCAGAAGUGACAGAUGGAUCUCUGAGGAGACCCAAGGUCUUUGCAGACUGGGAGUCUGUUGCUGUCCAGCAUGUAGCACUGCUGCGCCACCACGCCAACACCAAUGUGUUUCCUCUCUCCCGGCUUAGACUGGCCCUUACAGAUGCCCUCUCCUUACUGCCCUCCAGCGCCUCAUUAUGGCAACUCUACCUUCAAACAGAGAACCGCUAUCACAGCGCAGGCCGUGCCCGCAGGUUUUUCCACAGUGUGGCAAAGAAAACUGACAGUGUUGUGCCGUAUCUUUUUGCCAUUACUGCAGAGCAACGACUCAAACAGAUGCUGGACUCUGUUCAGAGGUCUCAUCUUCCUGGAGAAGCCCUGCCUGCCCUGCCAAAUAAUGGUCUUAGCAACCGUAUCCGUUGUCUGUUUGAAAAUGCUACGGCAACAGAACAUGGGGCCCAUUGUCCUCUGCUGUGGAGGAUGUAUCUGAUCUUCAUGGUAUGUGAUGGGAAUGCAGAGAGGGGCAGUGGAAUCUUCUACAAGGCCCUACAGGCAGUGCCCUGGGUAAAGGGCUUGUACAUGGACGCAGUGCAGCUGUUUCCUGAACGUGUGCAAGAGUUUUUAGACCUUAUGACUGAGAAGGAGUUGCGUCUGAGAGUGCCCAUGGAGGAGGUGGACAUCUUGCUGGAGGACUAGCCAUCAAAACCCUUCCUAUAACCGAUGCCCGACAACCGACAGAAACAAGCAAAAGAUUUAUUUUUAUGCAUCGUUUAAUGUAUUUUUCCAUGAUUUGGGGAAUAAAUGAUACAAUGAG